AGCAUGAUAUAGGAAUUCGAUAUCAUGCAUCUCACUGGACAUUCACUCUAUAAGACCAGAAAUUAUUUUUCCAGGGGUUAGGAUUUCUCAUUUAUGACAAGCACCAAUUCGCAAAGAAGUUACCGACUUCUGGUGAAAGGUCAAUUGUUUGAGUUGAUUCAUUUGGAAUAAGAAAGGGGAGAAACUGGGACUGGGGGCAGGAGUAGGCAAGAAGGAGAGCCUCCUGAACCUUUUUUUUUUUGUGUGUGUGUGUGUGUUCAAUGAGGAAUGACCUCAGGGUGCACACACCGAAUGAAGGAAUGAGUGAAUACAAAACAUUUCUGGGGACAGCAGCCACUGGUAGGAAAACAGUAUAUGAAAAUACUUUAGAGAUGGAAGGCCUCUUCCAAGUUCAGCUGCAACAGGCUUUGGCUGACCGGCUUCCCCAGCCAUUUUCUCUGUUAGGGAAUUGGAGACUCCACUGUGUGGGAACUGGAGAUGGCAGUACCUGUGGAGCAAUCCUCUGUCCCACAGAGCAUGGUGCAACCAAGCUGUGCAGCGAUGAGCAGGAGCCUCUCCAGGGCAGAUAUCCGGGGAAGGAGUGAGAAGCAUCAAUUCCUCCACCAGCACACACAGGGCAGGGUAUUCUUCAGGGCUUCUUGGCACAGACACACCACAGCACAGCCAUUCUGCAUGGGGGGCUGGCUUUAUGUCAGCCCUGGGCUGGUGGAGGCAGCCCUGCCUGCCUUGUGCUGCUCACAUAGGGGCUGCAGCCCAGAAUCUGGUGUGGUGUGUUUUGCAAGUCUCACCUGGGCAAGAUCUGCACCCUUGGGACCUGGCACUCUUGCUGAGCUCUGAAGAGGCCUCUGAAGUGGUGGGUAUGUAGAAUCCAUGGCAGACACAACUCCUUGCACUGUUCGACUUUGCUCUCACUCCAGGGCAGGAGAAUGGGGCUGGCCCAGGCCUGGGGAUCAUCCUGCUAAUGGCUGUCACCAAGCUCUGUUGCUGCAUUCUUGCUUCAGCCUGGCCCCACUGCCCUUCACAGCUUGGAAAUGUCUCCAGAAAAUUAACACUAGAGCUGCUGGUGUCCCUUCUGCACUGGACAGUGUCACUGCAGAAUUAGCUCCUGCUUUCAGCUCAUGUCCAAACUUCUGGGUCCUGCCGUGUAGCUAUUUGGAAGACCAGCUAACAAACACCUGCCUGAAGUAGCGGACCAGGCUGAUGUUGUAUUCCAGUCUACAAGAAGAAGCUUCCUGGCACCUCUUCAGUCACGGCACCAGCUAACCUGGAUCUCUGUCAGGUUGUCAGAGCCCAGCUCUAACCCCCUCCUGCUUGCUCACCCCAGUAACUGUAUUAACACAAGUCUGCGCUCUCAGCACACAAAGACUUGAGUGCUUGUUUCACAGCUCUUCCCUGCAGUGACAUGGCAUCCCUGCAGAUGUGGCCUUAUCCCCAUGUGGGGAUGCAGCACUCAAGCAAGAAGGGUAUUGCAGGCCCUGCCUAGCAUGAUGCAGCAGCAAAUAUACUUGUGGUAUGAGAUAGGUCAGUUCUCUUUGCCACUUCCUUUCUUGUUUGCUUCAUUGUUUGCAAAAGGAAUCAACAAUGGAACGUCAUUGCCUGAUGCAGAACUGGAGCCCCAGUAUAGAUAAAUAGCAGUUAGGCUUUCAUAUGGUUCUGCCUUGGACUAGCCUGGCCUGUGGGCUUUGCUGGGGAGUCAAGAGAUGGGAACUGGAGGUUUUUUCUUCAAAAAGGCAUCAGAGAAGACAUAGUGUACCUCAGUCAUAGCUUUUCCAAGAACAAAAAUCAGCUAAUCCUACAGUCUUAGAACCACAAAAUGGUUUGGGUCAGAAGAGACCUUUAAAGACUACCUAGUCCAACCUUCUUGCCAUAAUUAGGGACAUCUUCCACUACACCAGACUGCUCAAAGCCCCAUCCAUCCUGAGCCUGAACAUUUCAGAGAUGGGGUAUCCACAACUUCUCUGGGCAACCUUUGCCAGUGUCUCACCACCCUCAUUGUAAAUAUUUUCUUCCUUAUAUCUAAUUUAAAUCUACCCUUUUAGGUUAAAAUGAUUGCCUCUUGCCCUGUCACUACAGGCACUGGUAAAAAGUCUCUCUCUGUCUUUCUUAUAAGCCUUCUUUAAGUGUUGGAAAGGCCGCAGUGGAACCUUCUCUCCUCCAGGCUGAACAACACCCAUGCUCUCAGCCUUUCUUCCUAAGAGAGCUGUUCCAUCCCUCUGAGUGUUUUGGUGGCCCUCCUAUGGACCUUCUCCAACAGGUCCAUGUCUUGUGCUGGGGACUCCAGAGCUGGAUUACACUGCAGGUGGGAUCUCACCCGAGUGGGGUAGAGGGGGAGAAUUUCCUUCUUCAACUGCUGGCCACACUUCUUGUGCAGCCUGGGAUAUGAUUUGUCUUCUGAGCUGCAAGUGCACAUUGCUGGCUCAUGUCCAGUCUUUCAUGUACCAGUAUCCCCAAGUCCUUCUCCACAGGGCUGCUCUCAAUUCCUUCAUUGUCCAGUCUGUAGUGAUACCAGGGUUUGCCCCAACCCAGGUGCAGGACCUUGCACUUGACCUUGUUGAACCUCAUAAAGUUCACAUGAGCCCCCUCCUCAAGCCUGUCAAGGUUCUUCUGGAUGGUACCCCUUCUCUCUAGCAAAUCAACUGCACCACUCAGCUUGGUGUCAUCACAAAAUUGCUGAGGGUGCACUUCAUCCCACUGUCUAUGUCAUUGAUGAAGAUAUUAAACAGUACUGGUCCCAGUACAGACCCCUGUGGGACACCACUUGCUACUGAUCUCCAUUUGGACACUGAGCCAUUGGCUGUAACCGGAUGCAGCCAUCCAGCCAAUUCCUUACCCAUUCAAUAGUCCAUCCAUCAAAUCCAUUUCUGUCCAAUUUAGGGGUAAGGACAUUGUGGGAGGCCUGUAUCAAAGACCUUACAGAAGUCUAGGUAGUUGGCAGGUAGCUUGCUUCUAGUAAGCUCACCCCGCACUGCAUUUCCCAGGGACAUCAGAGGUCAUACUGGCAUUUCAAGUAUGCCUAGUGGGGUCCCAGUUUCCUGGAGGCUCCCUGUGGGCGGAGGUUCAGCCGCACUGGCUCUGGGCUCUUCUCUGGGCUCCUCCUCCAACUGGGAAAAGUCAGAGGAUCCAUCCCACAGUGGGGAAGGAGUUAAGCGCUUGACCAGCUGCCGUCUAUGAGGCCCUGAAUUCUUUCCCCGUGCAAUCUAGCAGCCAGCGUCAGGACAACACUAUAUUUAGAAAGCUGAUAAAGGUUUGGUGCCGACAGUUGUCCUGCCCCUUGACGAAGAAGCCAUGAACGGACUGGGAACAGGCAGCUGAUUUCUCUCCCCCUAGUACCAUUCCCUGCCAGGUUUCCUGCACUCUUCACCAGACUCCUUCACCGUGCCUCCGGCAGGGACCCCUCGGCGGAGUCAUCCAGGCACCGGGGACGUCUGUAACAGCCCUCCCUCCUGACCUGCUCCCCUCCCAGCGCAUCCCCUGGCAGCUGCCAUGGCCAGCGGCGGAGAUUUGGAUGGUGAGCAGGUGGUGCCCGAUGGGGAAGACGAGGGACCAGACGUGAAGGCCGUGCAGGCCCACUAUCUCCGCAGCCCCUCGCCCAGCCGGUAUUCAGUGAUAUCAGACACUGAUACAGAGAGCAUCUUCAUGGACCCAAUCCAUCUCUCAUCUGCUGUGGCUGCCAAACAAAUAAUCAAUGAAGAACUGAAGACAAAGAAUGCCAAGGUAGAUGAAGCGUGUCCCAGGAUGUUGGAAUCUGCACAGCAGCUGAUGGUGGAAGACCUGUACAACCGAGUUAAAGAAAAGAUUGAUGACACCAGCUUGUUUAACACGCCCUGUGUGAUGGACUUGCAGAGGGCACUUGUGAAGGACAGGCUGGAGACCCCCAGGGAUGCUGUGGAUGAAGUCUGGCCUAAUGUCUUUAUAGCAGAAAAAAGCGUUGCAGUGAACAAAAGCCGUUUGAAGAGGCUGGGGAUCACACAUGUCUUGAAUGCUGCUCAUGGUACAGGUGUAUACACAGGACCAGGUUUCUACAAUGGUCUGAAUAUCCAAUACUUGGGCAUUGAAGUGGAUGAUUUUCCAGAUAUCGAUAUCUCCAAACACUUCCGCCCAGCUGCAGAGUUCCUUGACGAAGCACUGCUGACUUACAGGGGUAAAAUCCUUGUCAGCAGUGAAAUGGGAAUCAGUCGCUCAGCUGUGCUGGUGGCUGCCUACCUGAUGAUCUACCACCAUAUGACCAUUCUGGAGGCUCUGAUGACUCUGAGAAAGAAACGUGCCAUUUACCCCAAUGACGGCUUUCUGAAACAGCUAAGGGAGCUCAAUGAGCAAUUGUUGGAGGAACGAGAGUUGGAGCAUACUGGAGAUGAAGAAGUCACUCCUAGUCAAAGCCCUGUUGUCCAUGCAGGGACUUCUUCUCAGCUGUCUGGAGUUGGGGACUCAGAAAGCAUCCUGGGAGCCAAAGCCCACUCCAUCACAGUAGAAGAAGAGGACACCAGCAGCCUAUUGGGCAGUCUUAUGAGCUCUUCAUCAGCAGGAAAAACUAGCUGGGUUUCCAAACACUCCACCCUCAUCAGUGAGGAGGAAGAGGAACAGUUGUAUGAGGAAUGGAGGAAGAAACAAGGCCUGCCUGCAAAGGAACCAGGAGUUACCCAUGAAAGAAGAACGCCUUCAAAGUUUCUGGAUCAGGAAGAGGAACAAUCUGAUGAGGAUGUGGAACAAAGGAUCCACAACUGGCAAUGCAGAAAUGAGAAAUACCAAAUGGAUGGUCCACCCAGGGAGGAGGAUAGAGAUUCCAGCAUGGGAGGAAGACCUUACCCAUCAGGUGAAUUCAGUGAUGUUGAGAGUGUGAGCAGUUUUGAGAUCCGAACCCUAAAACAACAGUUGGAAGCCAGUAGCUUUAGCAGGAUGAGGAGGAGCCGCACAGGCUCUAUGUCUUCAGAGAGCACUUGGGACAUGUGGAACCAGAGGCUUCUGGAGAUUGAGAAGGAAGCUUCUCAGAGAUAUCGUUCAAAGAAUAAAAUUGGUGGGGAGAGAAAAUCCCCAGAAACAGGAAGAAAGGAGAGGGAUAUAGAUGAGGAGAGUGUGCUUUCAGACAGUAGCUCCUUUUACAAUUUCUGCCAAAAGAACAAAGACAAGUUGACUCCUCUAGAAAGGUGGAAGGUUAAGAGGAUCCAGUUUGGCUUUCACAAGAAAGAUUUAGAAUCAUCAUCAUCUUCUGCACAGUCUCCAGCAGAAGAUGGCUGCCAAACAGGUGGGGAGGGGAUGGAAGGGAAGAGUUUGUCAGAUAUUAACCUGUCUGCUUACCAGGCUUGGAAAAUGAAGCGUCAGAAGAAGGUGGGCAGUGAAAGCAAGGAGGAAUUUGUGGAGUUUGCCAAAAGUGAGGAUUCUGCUUCAGCCAAAAAGAAGCAGAGGCGUGUAGAGCUCCUUGAACGUUCAAAGAAAAUUUUAGAAGAAAGCCAGUCCAUGUGCAGCUGGGAGACAGACAGUAUGAUGAGUGGGAGUAUCCCACUGUCGGCUUUCUGGCCCUCAGCACCUUCUGCAAGUGGUGCUGAGGAUGCAGCUUCUGCAAUGAGCAUGCAGACGAAUCAUUCAUCUUUAUCACAGACCAGAAGCAGCACUCAGAUGCCAAGUAUACCCCUUCCCAAUCUUCCAGUUGGCCCAGGUGACACAAUAUCCAUGGCAAGCAUUCAGAACUGGAUUGCUAACGUGGUCAGUGAAACCAUUGCUCAAAAGCAAAAUGAGAUCAUGAUGCUGUCCCGUCCAUCAUCUGCAAUGGCCUCCAGUGUAAUGUCAGGAGACUUUGGCAGGCGUGUAGAUGAUGAUAAGGUUUCUCUUCUCAGUGCUCAGAGUGGUUCAUCUCUUGCUACCUCUCAGCUUCGCCAGCAGGACAUGCACAGAGCUGAGUCUCAGUCUGCCGUGUCUUGCAAUACCUCAGCGAGCACAAGGACAGAAGGGACUAGUUCGAACAUGAAGACAACACAGACAAGCAAGCCACUGUACAGCCUCUUUGCUGAUGAUGUUGACCUAAAGAAACUCAGGAGGAAGGAGAAGGAGAUGCAAAUGGAAAUGAGAGAGAAAAUGUCAGAUUAUCAAAUUGAAAAGGUGAUCAGUGACAAUAAACGCAGCACUUUAUUCAAAAAGAAGACGACCAAAGGAGAGGAAAAUGAAGAAGAAGAUGACAGAGAGAGUGCGACAGGCAGCCACAGGCACCCCUUGCGAGCAAAUCUUGAGGGAAUGGAUACAGUCUUUGAUCUGUCCAGUCAACCUGCAAACACAGGUGCACCGAAGUCAGAGAUAGGGACUGAUAUUACUAAGUGGCUCAGUGGCCUGAAAGCAGAAAGAGAACCACCAUCAUAUUAUGAUCGAAGUGAGAAGGCUAGAGAAAAAUAUAGCAGAUCAUCCAAAGUUAGAGAGAUGGAUUCUGAAACAUCUAGUUACAGAUUCUCCAGAUCCCAAAGAGAAGAGCUAGACAGCUGUUCUUCCUAUGAGUCAAAAGGAGAUUCAUUGAGAACCAUGUCAAGGUUUUCCUCUGCUUCUGCAAAAGAGGACAAAAAGAUGUAUAAGUUCACAAGGUCAAAGGUUAGUGAGACAACAAGUUCCAGAGAAGAGAGCCCAGAGCUGCGUGUCUUCAGCCCAACACCUGAACCAUCCUUUGACUCUGAAUCCCCGGAACCAUCUACACAGAGUCGAGUUAGAUCUCAUUAUGUGGAGGCAUGUGAAGAGGAGGCCAGGUCAGACACCUCAGAAUUUGGAGCUAAGAGAAAGUUCACCCAGAGCUUUUCGAAGUCUGAAGAGGACGGAAAGAAGGAGGCAAAAGUGGAAGAAAGUGAAGAAAGAUUUGCAUCUAGACAGUUCUCUCAGUACAGACGAAGCAUGCGUAAAGAAGAGGAAGAAGAGAUGGAUGAUGAUGCCAUUAUCGCCGCUUGGAGAAGUCGACUAGAAGAAACUACAGCAAAGCUCCGGCGGAGAAGGGAAGAGUGACCAAGAUCAGAUUAUAGGAACACAAGCAAAGCCACAGAGUCCCUGAAUCACUCAUCAUUAUAUUUCUGAUAAUCCUUUGUGGUUUGUAGGGCAUUUCCUGCAGAUAGUUCUCUUCUUAAUCAAAAGCGAUAAAGGGAAGAGGUCAAGUUUUGGAAGUGUUUGUGGUUUGUCAGAAAGAAGAUGCUAGCAUUAAAUGAUCAAUGUAGGUAGGAACACAAUGUUAGAAGUCAUUAGGAGCCAGACAAUGUUUCAACAGCAAAAGCAAGUAAUGGUGGCACCUCAAUUCAAAAGACCAAUCACAUCCCAUUUUGGUUAUUUCAAUUUCCUAGUCUCGUUAAAGACUGGACAUAGUUUUUUCUAAGAUCUUUUUGAUCAUAAAUGGAAGAAGCCAAUAACCUUUUCUAGGAAGUUGAAGAAUGUUUCUCUCUUAAUCAGUUUUACUUUAUACCUCUGAGAAGAUAUUGCCAGGUAGGCUCCAUUUUCUCUACCAGUCUUAGGAAUGUCUACAGAAAUAAGACAGUUCAGGGGAAUACAUGUACUGUUUUAUUCCACUAAGUAGCUGAAGCAAAGUGAAAUACUGGAAAAAAAGACGUCUCCUUCUUUUUAGAAGUUCAAUGCAGUAAUGACUGUAUUCCCAUGGCACUAUUGUUUUCUAUUAGAUGGAGUCAUCUCUGCUCCAGUAUGGUUGGUUCCUGCCUUGGGUGAACAAAGUAAAAAAAUGCAGUAAUAUUAACAGCUGUCUAAAAAUUAUGUUAUGAUGUAGUUAAAGAGAUAGAGUUAGGGUUAGGAUUGGUGUUAGGUUAAGCUGGGUUUCUGAAGUACUGACUUCAGUUUGUUUUAUGUGUGCAGCUCAGCUAAGUCUGUGCUUUUAUGUCUAUAGUCAGAUUGUCAUGUAUUAAUUUUCAAUGAUUGCCUUAAAAGAAAAGAAUAACACACAAACUGACCUCAUAAUAUAAUAAAAUGAUGUAUAACCAAAGCAUUGGUAUAAGGCAC